AUGGAGUGUGCGCACCCGAUCCAGGUCGCGGGCCUAUGUGCCCUGUGCGGCAAGGAGAUAGACGACGUCAAGGUUUCGCGUGCCGAGGCGGAGCGAAUUGACCAAGAGACGACCACACGGCUGCUCGAGCAGCGCAAGCUGGCGCUGAUUGUGGAUCUCGACCAGACGAUUAUCCACGUAACGGUGGACCCGACGGUGCGCGAGUGGGCGCAGGAUGUCAAGAACCCCAACUGGCACGCGCUGCGCGAUAUCGUCGCGUUCCAGCUCGGGGCCGACGGCAAGACGGUGUCGCACCAGCCCGAGCCUCUGCGCGCCGACGACGCGACAUCGUUUGCGACAGGCGGCGACGAGGACGGGUGCUGGUACUUUGUCAAGCUGCGGCCGCACCUCGCCGCGUUCCUCGCGACGCUCGCGGAAAAGUUUGAGCUGCAUGUAUACACGAUGGGCACGCGCUCGUACGCCGACUGUAUCUGCCGCAUUGUCGACCCCGAUGGCAAGCUGUUUGGCGCGCGUAUCUUGUCGCGUGACGAGAACGAAAGCAUGGUACAAAAGAGCCUCGCGCGGCUCUUUCCCAUCAACACGUCCAUGGUCGUGAUCAUCGACGACCGUGCGGAUGUGUGGGCGUGGAGCCCCAAUCUGAUCAAGGUCGAUCCAUAUGAAUUCUUUGUCGGCAUCGGCGACAUUAAUGCGGGGCACCUUGCGCCCACGACGCCGCUCGUGACGGCGCCGGCGCCGGCCGACGCGCCCAAGGCCGACGCGCCGCUCGCCGAGAGCCAGCGCCAGACGAUCCACGACCAGGUCGACGCGCGCCCCCUCGCCAAGCUCCAGGAGGAGAAAAAGGCCAAGUCGGACGACGCGCCAGAGACGCCGGACGCCGAGCCCGCCGCAGGUCCGGACGCGGUGCUGGACGACAAUGACGAGGAGCUGACGCUCAUUGAAUCGCUUUUGACGCAAAUCCACGGACACUGGUACAAGGCGUACGACGCCAAGAAAAAGCCGGAUGCCAAGGACAUUAUCAGCAGCAUGAAACGCAAGGUGCUGCACGGGUGCACCCUCGCAUUCUCCGGCCUGAUCCCGCUGAACGAGACCCCGGAAAACUCUGCGGUGUGGACCGCGGCGCAAGACUUUGGCGCGUCGUGCCGCCGGACGCUCACGCACGACGUGACGCACAUGAUCGCCGCAGGACCCGGCACGGCCAAGGCGGAAGAGGCGUACCGGCGGGGCGACGUGCAUGUCGUCUGGCCGUCGUGGCUCAACGAUUCGCUCUGCCGGUGGCACCGCCAAGAAGAGACCGACUACAAGGUGCCUCGCAGCGACCGCCUCGCGUCUCUCGGCCGCGACGCACUGCACGACCUCGCGAGCAGCAUCCACGCAGACACCGAGCCCGAGAAUCUCGACGAGGCGGCGCUCGACGACCUCGCCAAUAUGGACUGGGGCGAGGCCGAGGACGAAGUCGACGCAUUCCUGGACGACGACGACGAGGAUACCGAGAGCGACCUAGACAGCGCGUCGCAGUCGAUGCUCAGCGAGGCGUCCGACGCGCCCCCCGCACGCGACGAGCUGCUCCGCUCGCCCCUCUCCCGCCGGCGGCAUGCCGCGGCGCUGCGCGGGGGGCAGUCCAAGCUCCGCCAGAGCGUCCUCGCAGAGGAGAGCCAAGAGUCGGAGGACGACACCCCGUCACAGGGGCCAGUCAAGCGCCGGAAAGUCCAGGGCGGCGCACAGCACAAGGACAUUGCUGCGCUGCGCACCGAGCACACUGCAACGCCGCCCGACAGCGAGGAAGAGCACUUCCUCGACGACCUCGCGUUGGAGAUGGAGCGUGAGCUGGGCGACGAUCUAUAG